CCGGCAACUCCUCACCCCAGAGGCCACAACUGCCAACAAGCCAAUGGCUCUCGUCCGCCAGCGCCGCCAGCUGCCGCACCUUACCCUCCCGCUGGACCACUUCGCCCUGCGCGUGCCACCGCAGCCUCAGCCCACCGCCGCGCCGUCCACCUCCACGUCCGACGCCCGCCUCUCCGACUACGAGAGGCUCUCCGUUCUCGGCCACGGCAACGGCGGCACCGUGUACAAGGCGCGGCACCGCCGGUCCGCGCAGCCGGUCGCACUCAAGCUAUUCGCGGACGGGGACACCUCGGCGGCGCGCGAGGCCGAGAUACUGAUGCUCGCCGCGGACGCGCCCCACGUCGUGCGCCUACACGCGGUGAUCCCGUCGGCCGCCGGGGAGGCUCCCGCGGCGCUGGCGCUGGAGCUCAUGCCCGGGGGCUCCCUGUCGGGCCUGCUGCGCCGGCUGGACCGGCCGAUGGGGGAGCGCCCCAUCGCCGCCGUGGCGCGGCAGGCGCUCCUCGGGCUCGCCGCGGUCCACGCGCUCCGCGUCGUGCACCGCGACCUGAAGCCGUCGAACCUGCUCGUCGGCGCCGACGGCGAGGUGAAGAUCGCCGACUUCGGCGCGGGCAAGGUGCUGCGCCGGCGGCUGGAUCCCUGCGCGUCCUACGUCGGCACGGCGGCGUACAUGUCCCCCGAGCGGUUCGACCCGGAGGCGUACUCGGGAGACUACGACCCCUACGCCGCCGACGUGUGGAGCCUCGGGGUGGCCAUCCUGGAGCUGUACCGGGGCCACUUCCCUCUCCUGCCCGCGGGCCAGCGCCCGGACUGGGCCGCGCUGAUGUGCGCCAUAUGCUUCGGCGAGGCGCCGGAGCCGCCGGCCGCGGCGUCGGAAGAGUUCCGGGAUUUCGUGGCGCGGUGCUUAGAGAAGAAGGCCGGGCGGCGCGCGUCGGUGGCCGAGCUGCUGGAGCACCCGUUCGUCGCCGAGCGGGAAGCGGCCGGCGCACAGGAGGCGCUCGCCGCGCUCGUGAAAGAGGCGGAGCAGCUGGACCUAUAGACAGACUUACAGUAAUUCACGUUUAGGACAAGCUGAGAUGUAAAUUACGCCAUAUUUUUUGUUUAUCCGUUUAUUGAGUUUAAUAAUCAAAUCUCAGAAGUCAACAAAAUUAGUGAAAUUCAAGAUUCCCUCGACCACGCUGCUCGCUGCCUAGAUUGCUGUUAAAGUAGUUCAUUUGAAGUGAUGCUUCUACACUAUACAGACAUGAACAAACCUAAACUGCUUCAGC